AUGCAUUUGUCUCUGAAGUUAUGUCUCCAUAUUGCUCAAUAUGGUGGAUUUAUCGUUGGACAACUUACAAACUCUUGCCUUCUGUUUCUGAUACUCACUAGAGCCGAAAGGUUGUUCGGAAGCUAUCGGCAUGUUAUGUCUGUGUUUGCUUUUUAUUCACUUUUGUAUACAUGGAUUGAGUUCAUUGCGCAACCGGUCAUGCACAUCAAAGGUUCCAUGUUCAUCGUUAUGUUGGAUGGCCCAUUUCAAUUUUCCAUUUCGUCUGGAAAUGAUAUAACCUGUCUCUACUGUGCCUGCUUCGCUCUUUGUAUCUCUCUUCUCGCCGCUCAAUUCUACUACCGAUACAUUGCGGUGUGCAAACCUGAUAGCCUUGAAAGCAUAAGAGGCUGGAAGCUGAGCCUGAUCUUUGUUCCAUGCUUAAUAUGUUUUGUGGCUUGGUUUGCUUGUGUUUAUUAUGGAAUGCAUAACACUGUGGAAAAACAACAAUUCAUGAGAGAGGUGAUGUUUGAGAACUAUGAAGUAGAUAUAACACAAGAAUCUUUCAUUGGCUCAUAUUAUUGGGGAUAUGAUGAGGAUGGAAACAGGAUUUGGAGGUUCAGAGAUAUCAUUGGAUCUUCAGGAUGCACAUGUCUUUUGAUUAUCUGUUUCUCAACUAUCCUAUUCUGCGCAUUCAAUAUUUAUUUCAAACUGAAGAGUGCCCAGGCAAUCAUGAGUGCUAAAACAAGAGAACUCAAUCGUCAACUAUUUAUUACUCUCACAUUUCAAACUCUCCUCCCGUUCUUCAUGAUGUACUGUCCAGUUGGCACAUUCAUCACACUUCCAUUUUUUGAAAUGGAAGUUGGUCAACUGGGAAAUUAUGUCGGAGCGGCUGCGGGAACAUAUCCAGCCAUUGAACCAUUGAUUGCGAUAUUCUGUAUCAAAGAUUUUAGAAGAACUGUUCUUUGUGAGUCACCUAAGCAUAUUCGAAAACUGUGA